GAAGCUGUGGACAACAUUGUCUCUGCUCUGAAGGUCGAUCCCGGGACUGUGGUCCCUGAGAUCCGCUCUCUGAAGCUAGAAGCCCAGGCCCUCCUCACACAGGGCCUCUACUCCCACUGCCGGGCCCUCCUGAGCCGGCUGCCAGACACCAGGGCCCCCCUGGGGGACAAGGACAGCCAGGGCCUCCUUGCUGUGGGGGAGGCAUUGAUCAAAAUCGAUGCUGGAAAGCACAGCUGGCACAUCCUCCUCACCGACAUCCUCAUUGCACUGGGCAGUUAUGAGGAGGCUGGUGCCCACCUGCUAAAAGCUCUGCAUCCUGCCCCACCAUCUGAGGCAGCCCGAGCCCGGCUGGGCCUGCUCCGGCUCAAGAAGGGAGAUGUGCCAGCCGCUGCUCAGGACCUGCAGUGCCUAGCUGAGAUGGACACCCACGACCUCGGCUUCCUGCUGCGUCUCCUGGAGGCCUCAGAGCGGCAGAGCCUCACCCAGGCAGCAUCCCAGGAAGCCAGAACCCUCCUAGAUGCAGGGCAACCCAGGCAGGCACUGGGCUACUGUUCAUUGGCUGUCCUGGCUGGUAGUGGCAGUGCCUGUCACCUGCGUCUGCGGGCCACCUGCCUGGCGGAGCUGCGGGAGUUUGGCCGGGCACUCAAGGACCUGGACCGUGUGCUCCGAGAGGGUGCAGAGGACAGCGACCUCCCAAGCCAGGCAGAGGACUUCUGCUCCCGGGGCCGCCUGCUGCUGAGCCUGGGGGACGAGGAGGGGGCUGCAGGGGCCUUCAGCCAGGCCCUUAAGCUGGCACCCACCCUGGCCCAGGGCAGCCUGUGGGAGCAGCCAGGCCGGGCCCCCACCGCCUGCGUGUUCCUGCACCUCGGGCUGCGCUGCCUGGAGGAGCAGCGCUACGCAGAGGCCUGGACAGCAGCGGAGAACGGCCUCCUCGUGGACCCCGACCAUAGCGGCCUGAAGAGGCUGAAGGUGAGGACCCGGAGGGAGGCGUCCUCGGGCUGCCGGCUCCACUGA